AUGACCGUUCAACGCACAACAUCCCACGCCAGUUCAAUUGAGAAAGAAGCAGCUACCCACCUCGAAAACGAUGCAGUAUCCGAUGAGUAUCUCUCUCUCUUCCCCCUCCUGGCGAACAAAAGCCUUGAGGAGCGCCAGCAAAUCGAAAAGAAGCUCAAGCGCAAGCUCGAUUGGGUUUUCUUGCCGGUCGUCACACUCAUGCUACUUAUGGGCUACCUUGAUCGCAUCAACGUAGCCAAUGCGCGGUUGGCAGGUAUGCAGGAGGACUUGCACAUGUCUGAUACUAUGUGGUCUGCUGGAAUAUCUCUGUUCUACGUUGGCUAUAUUGUCACUCAACUUCCUGCUACUGUCUACCUUGCCAAAGGUCUUCCGCGAUGGCAGAUGCCUGCCUAUGUUAUUGCUUGGUCUGUUGUUACAGCUUGUAUGGCUGCUAUGACUAGUGGAUGGUCUUUCUUGGUAUGCCGAUUUAUGGUCGGUGUUGCUGAGGGUCCUUUCCUUCCCAUGGUUAGCUUGAUGACUUCCUCUUGGUAUACCAAAGAGGAGGCUCCUCUGAGGAUGGCCAUCUGGCAUGCUGGUAACAUCGCUUCCAAUAUCUUCUCCGGUCUGCUUGCGGCUGGUGUCUUGGAGAAUAUGAACGGUGUUGCUGGUAUGCGUGCUUGGCAAUGGUUCGUUAUCUUGGAAGGUAUCGUUGGACUCUUCGUCGCUGCUAUGGGAUUUUGGUGCAUUCCCAACUUCCCUCACAACACCGGCACAUACUUCAUGACACCCGAGAUGUCCGAGAUGGCCCAAUAUCGAAUGGUUGUCUCAUCAGGCGGUCGAUCCGAGGAUGAUGAAGGUGGUGCCUGGGAAGGUGUCAAGCUUGCUUGUCAAGACCCAUUCACCUGGAUUUACACGGUUCUUCACUUUGGUCUCAUCGUCGCCCUUUCAUUCAAGGACUUCUUCCCAUCGAUUGUCAAGACCCUCGGAUAUUCGAACCUAAUGACCUAUCUCAUCCAGGCACCACCAUACAUCUUUGCUUACAUCGCCACCUGUGCGAUCUCUUGGUCCUCAGGAAGAUACAUGGAGCAUUGCUGGCAUAUCAUCGGCAGCACAGUUGCUUGCAUCGUUGGCGUCGUCAUCAUGAUUUCCACACUGAACCCAGGUGCCCGAUACUUUGGCAUGUUUCUGUUGUGUGCCGGACCUUUUGUCGGCCUGAACAUCCACAUUCCUUGGGAAACUACCAACGUGGCCCGCCCUCGCACAAAGCGUGGCGCUCUAGUGGCUAUCACCAAUUGCAUCGCGUCGGUCUCGCAUUGGUUCACGCCAUACUUUUUCCUUCGCUCCCAAGAGCCCCGCUACCAAAAUGGUGGCAUUCUGAUCAUUGCAGGCUGUGUCAUGGGCAUCAUCGGCUGCCUGGUGUGCAAAUGGUAUGUCAAGAAACUCAACAAGAAGAUGGAAGAGCACGAGGUCCGCUGUGAAGCCGACGGUGAAUCAAACACUUGCAUAACAUGCAAGGCUGCAGGAGUUGAGUGCAUUCCACGCACCAGAAAGCGUCGUCGCGUGGGAGGUGCUUCUACGGCCCAACAGCCUGACCAAGACUACAGCACCGAGAACAGUCGAGACGUCUCGCAGUCGGCCAGGCCAUGCAUCGAGGUUAGAGAUCCAUACCAGACCCCAUCUACAAGCCAAGCGACAACCUACAUAGGUAGAGGCCACUACAUCGCAGACGACGAUGAGAUAGAUGAGUCAAGCGCUAGGGCAUUUGAGCCGGCAAAGAUAAAGGUAGGUCCUGACGCAAGCACCCAAAGGGAAACACUAGUCCUAUGGAAAGCUUUGGACAUACCGCCUCCAGCAGCGCGUCAAAGCCUACUCAGUGCUUUCCUUGACUAUUGCAAUUUAUGGACGCCUGUUUUGGAACCCAAGGAUAUUCAGGACCUUUCGCAUUUCGACCAGGAAAAGACUUCGAUGCUCCUAGCUCAAUCACUAUGGUUGGCUGGCAGUCGAGUCACCACUGCGCCGUCGGUGGUUGCAUUUGCUUCAUCAGACGACUUCUACCACAGGGCUAAAGCAGUCUUUUGGUCUGGAGUCGAGACAGACGGAUUAUCUGCCAUCAAAGCCUCACUGAUGCUGCAAUGGUACAAUCCACAGGCUCCCGAGCAUAUCUCAUUUGACAAUAGUGGUUUCUGGCUUAAAAUUGGAGUUGGUAUUGCCCAUCAAAUUGGCCUACACAGGGAAUCCCCUCCAGGACCGUUGAGGGCAAUUCGACGGAGGUUGUGGUGGAGUUUGGUAGUACGAGACUCAUUAAUUUCUGUCGCGCACGGCAGACCAAGAGUCAUCAAUCUCGACGACAGCGACGUGCCGCCCCCGAUGGCGAGCGACUUCCCAGACUCACUAUUCGCUUUCCAGCUGUUCUCGGCGUGGGUGGAUAUCUGCACCGUACUUGGGGAUAUAUCGUCUUGUUGCAUGAGACGACACAUGUCACGAACAAAACGACUCUAUAUCGUCAACUCACUAUGUCGCUGGACAACGAAUCUACCACAGGAGCUGUGGGUUGCGCCCAGCAAUCAGCCACCACAUAGCUAUUUCGCAAACACCCACAACCUGCCCGCCCGUCAGCUGUAUCUACCGUACCUCACCAGCUUAAUAGUGCUUUCUCGAAUGCAGCACUCUGCGGGAUCCCUAUCACUGACUGCCACGUUGGCCGCAUCAUUUGUCGCCCGUAUUUUUGAGGACUUUCUGGCCAGAGAUGAGAUCAAAGUUUCGGCACCCAUCAGUGUUCGGUAUUGCCUCAUUUCAAGCAUGGCGCUAGUCUCCGUAAUGCCCGACAAGCGACUUUGGGAUGCUGUGCAGCCUGAUUUAGAGGUAUUACAACAAGCACUGACGGAACUGUCCAAGCGUUGGCGGUCAGCAAUCGGGGCUUCUAGGGCUCUUCAGAAUGCUAUUAACAAGAGACAACAACGCACUGGGAGCUCUACGUCCGGACUGAGGAUGGACAAUGAGAGUUCUCUGGAGUACUUCAAGAUGAUAGAUCUUAGUUACUGUCGCAUAUGGGGCACUCUGAGCGAGCAGCUAUCGUCGAGCCCGCUGAAGACUCAAGAACAAAUGCCCAUGUCAGAGCCGAUGCAACAACCACCUAGCGACGCUUUGGAGACAGGUCCAUUCAUUGAUGGUGGAGAGGCCUGGGACCUGGGUGCGAUUCAAUUUGAGCAUGUAGAGAACUGGAUACUUAAUGAUGGGUUCUUGUUCGACCCUUAA